AUGACCGGACAGACUGAUGCAGACAUACCCGAAACAGGAGCCAUCUUCACAUUUGGAAAGAGCAGCUUUGCAGACAAUGUACCCAGUAAAUUCUGGUUGAAGAACGACCAUCCAGUGCAUAUAUCCUGUGGUGGGGCGCACACUGCUGUCAUCACAGACAAUGGGAGGAUCCUCAUGUUUGGUGCCAACACCUGCGGCCAACUGGGACUGGGAUUUAAACGUGCAGCCAGUAAACCUGCCUCUGUGAAAGCCUUUAAGUCUGAGACGGUGAAGCUUGUAGCUUGUGGGAGAGAUCACACAAUUGUCUGCACAUGGCAGGGUUGUGUGUACGGUGCUGGCAGUAACCACGAGGGACAGCUCGGUUUGGGUCACUGCAUCAACACAACGUCCUUCACCCUGCUGCCUCCUUUCUGUGACGAUGCACCAGUCAGGAUGCUCUCUGCAGGGUGCAGCACCUCAGCGGCCUUAACAGAGGACGGGAGGCUGUUCAUGUGGGGAGACAACUCCGUGGGUCAGCUUGGUUUAGGGGACGAGGGAUCAGCAGCAGAACCCAGAGAGGUGGAUGUUGGAGAGGCGGUAGUGUGGGUCUCCUGUGGAUACCACCACUCAGCAUUUGUCACAGUGGCUGGAGGUCUUUACACGUUUGGUGAAAGUAUGAAUGGACGUCUUGGUCUCGAGACAGAGCAGCUCGCCAAUCACAGAGUCCCCCAGAGGGUGCAAGGGAUUCUGGGUCGUGUCAUCCAGGUGUCCUGUGGAGGGGAGCACACUGCAGUACUCACUGAGGGGCACGUGUACACCUUCGGCAGGGGUCAGUACGGUCAGCUGGGCCAUGGAACGUUUCUGUUUGAGGUCGAUAUGCCAAAACCACUGGAGCACUUUUCUAACAACAGCAUCAGACAUGUCUCCUGUGGAGAGAACCACACUGCUGUGAUCACUGAGAACGGGCUGCUCUAUACAUUUGGUGACAGUCGUCAUGGAAAACUGGGCUCAGGGGAGGAGAACUUCACAAACCAGUUCAGCCCAACACUUUGUAGACGUUUUCUGAAAUACAACGUUCAGUUAGUGUCCUGCGGUUGUAACCACAUGCUGGUACUGGCUGCACCCAGACCACCACAGAGCCAGGAGGGGGUCCCAGAGACGGAUGUCACCAUCGAUGACAACUUGUUGCGUUUAGAAAUGCUCCAGUUCGACACUUUGACGGAUCCAACUCCACUGGUCCCAAAGUCUGCCCUCGCUGCUCGAGCUCGCCACAGAGAGAAAGAGAGCUCAGUGGAUCUGUUUGGAGAAAUGUUCCAGAACCUCCCGCGUUUGAACUCCGACUUCCUCAACACCUCGUGGCAAACAUCCAGAAACGUCUUAACCCGCACGACACGUUCAAAGGACGUGACCACCCCUUCAUCACCCCCCAAACCCCUGUCGGACACACCACCAAGCCCACCACUCUCACCCGCACCUCUGUCAGAAUCUGUAUCCUCCAAGCCAUCAAGCUUAUAUUCUCAAUCAUCACUUCAGAGUAAAUCCCAUAGAGUCUCCUCCUCUACAUCUGAACCCGGAGACUUUCCCUCUUCCAUACUGUCGCCAAAGUCUGUAACUAAACGUAACCCGAACGUGUCGGGGGCAAAAAAGGCCUUAAAUGGCAGAAUGUCAUCACACACUACAGGUCUCAGAGAGAGAGAAGGCCUCACCUCAUCACCGACAGAGGGAGAAAAUGUUCAGAGACUUGUGAUCAAUGAAGAUUUGCAGAACAGAAGAGGAGUCGACUCUGACAUUUUGCCAGAUAUGAGAACAGAGGAGGUUUCUAUCAGCGGUGCCAAAUUCCUGGAGGCCUUUGAACCUGCUGAUAGAGAUCUGCUCGUUUCACAGAGUGAAAACAAGGAAGCUAAGGAGGAUAAACCAAGAUGGGCACAAAUUCUCAGUGACGCAGUCGCUGUUCUUCCCGCUGAUGGGAUGGUAGGUGCAGCUGUGGAGGUCCUCGCUGAGGCAGUGACAAGUGUACCGGUGGACACAGCCGUCUCAACACCGUCCAAAGCAUCCGGUCGAGGGAAAAAGUUCACAAAGCAAAGUGCGAUUAGGCAGCCUUCGUUCGCCUCGACAUUCACCUCUGCAGAAUCGUCAAAUCAAGAAGAAGAGAACGCAAAGAAACACGCUCAAGUCAGUGUCCCGUUAGAGUCUCGGAAUAGAGUUCAAGAAGAUGACUGCGAUGAUCGUGAUCAGUCUGAACAUGAGGCUGUGAAAAGUAACACGACCAAGCAGACAGGGGUUGAAGACUGUUCGCAAACAGAUGUACACAACUUGAAAACUUUCCAGCAAGACCACGAAGAGCAGGAGGAUGAAGAUCAGAAAACCUCAAAGGUCUCCAGAGAAGACGUAGGAGAAGAUGAUGAGAAUAAAAAGGGAGAAACUGAAGAUGAGGAAGAAGAGGGACAGAGUGUAAGCAAUGUGGAUGACAAAGAGGAAGAAGAGGAGGAGGAUAGAGGAAAUAGUAGCUGUAACAAAAAGGAUGAAGAAGAGAGUGUUUCUGGAGAGGGGGAGCAAGAGGGAGAUGAUGAAUCGGAGGAAGAAGAGGGUGAGGAGGAAACAAACUCUAGCAGUGAGGAAAAGGAUAAAGGGACUGAGAUGAACAAUAGUAUGGAGAUUGAAGAGGAGGAAGAAGGAGAAGAGGAAGAAAGCAGUGAAGCGAUGGGUGAAGGUGGAAGUGAGUCUGACGCAGUUGAAGAGGAGGAGGGGGGAAGUGAACACUCCAAUGAAGAAGAAGGGGAAGAGGAUGAAAGUGAGGUGAGUGAGGACGAAGAAGAGGAAAGUGGUGAAGAGUCGGUGAGCACAAUUGACAGCAAGAGUGAAGAGGACGAAGAGGGUGAAACUGAGGAGCAAAAAGAUGAUCAAGAUUCCACAGAAAGUGAGGAUGAGGAGAAAGACUCAGAAGAUGAAGAGUCAGAUGAGAGCAUAGGAGAUAGGAAAGAUGAUGAGAACCAGGAUGAAGUGAGUGUUGAGAUUGAAGAGGAGGAAGAGAAGGAUAACGAGAGUGAUGAAGAGGAGGAGGAGCAAGAUGAAAAAAGUGAAAAAGAAGAUGAGGCGUGUGAGGAAGAGGAGUUGUCAGAUGAGGGGGGAAGUGGUGGGGGUGAGGAAGGGGAUGAGGAAGAAGAUGAUGACGAAGAAGAGAAUGAAACAAUGGUUAAACUGACAGAGACAAGACCCACAAAUCUGAGACAGGAACAAGGUAAACAAAAGAUUGAGGAUGAAGGGGGAGAAGAAGCGGGUGAGGAAGAAAAGGAGGAAGAAGAAGAGGGUUGGGAUAGAGGAAAGGUUGCAAAGGUGGCUGAGGACGGACAUGAGAGUGAGGAGGAGGAAGAAGAGGAGGAAGAAGAAGAGGAGGAAGGAGAAAAGGGUCAGGAAAGAGGAAAUUUCGCAAAAGUGGCCAAAGAAGAACAUGAGAGUGAAGAAGAGGAAGAGGAGGAGGAAGGAGAAGAGGAGGAAGAAGAGGGGGAAGGAGAAGAGGGUCUUAAAUUAGGGGAGGUUGCAAAGGUUGCCAAGGAAGAACAUGAGAGUGAGGAGGAGGAAGAAGAGGAGGAAGGAGAAGAGGGUCGGGAAAGAGGAAAGGUUGCAAAGGUUGCUGAGGAAGAAAAUGAAAGUGAGGAGGAGGAAGAGGGGGAGGAAGGAGAAGAUGAGGAAGAGGAAGAGGAAGGAGAAGAGGAGAAAGGAGAAGGGGGUCGGGAAAGAGGAGAGGUUUCAAAGGUGGCCGAGGAAGAAAAUGAGAGUGAGGAGGAGGAAGAGGAGGAGGAAGGAGAAGAAUCGGAAGAAGAAGAGGAAGAAGAAGAAGAAGAAGAAGAAGAAGAAGAAGAAGAAGAAGAAGAAGAAGAAGAAGAAGAAGAAAAAGAAGAAGAAGAAGAAGAAGAAGAAGAAGAAAAAGAAGAAAAAGAAGAAGAAGAAGAAGAAGAAGAAGAAGAAGAAGAAGAAGAAACGAAAAAGACCCAAACAAAAACACAGGACACGCAGAAGUUGCUUCCCGACAGAAAAGAGAAGCAGCAAAGAGAAAAACCAGAACCAGCUCCGAGGACGAGGCAGAGACCUGCAGGAGAGAAGAACCCAGAGGAGAAGCAGUUCUGGAACAAUGUUCUACCGCAGUAUCUGGACCUGCAGUGAAGGCUAGGCUCAAUGCUCCUGAACAGGCAAAAGGUAUUCAAGUGGUAUUUAGAGCCGGAGAAAGUUUUAUUUUUUGGUACAUGAGUAAAACGUUUUUUUCUGUAAAAAUAUAUUUUUUGAUUAUUAUACAUAUAGAUAUUUGUUAGCUGUAGAGAUAUAUUUGUAAAUUUCCAAAAAUAUAUAUUUCAUAGGUGUCAAAAAAAGAUUGUGCAGUCAGCAGUGGAUUUAGUUAAAGAUAAAUAAUAAUAAUUAUAAUCAUUUAUCAGGCUCUGGAAACAUCUGCAGUACUUUUUGCCAAGGCAAUUUAAUGCUGGUUUUAGUCAUUUCAAGGAAUUUGUUGACUGUAAGAAAAAUACAGAAAAAUACAGACUAUCACAGAACAUCCUUUAGAAAUAUAACUUUGGUUUAAAAUAAAGAAAUGAUUGAUUAAACAAGUUAA